AUGGACUCAGUAAAUGUCUCUCUGGUGACUGAAUUUAUUCUGAUAGGAUUAACAGAUCAGCCUGAACUCCAAAUGCCCUUGUUCUUUCUGUUCUUAGCAAUGUAUUUGUUCACUGCCUUGGGAAAUUUGUGUUUGAUAAUCCUGACCGUGCUGAACUCUCACCUCCACACUCCUAUGUACUUUUUUCUCUUUAACUUGUCCUUUAUAGACAUUUGCUACUGUUCUGUGUUCACUCCCCAAAUGCUGAUGAACUUCAUAUUAAGGGAGAAUGCCAUUUCUUAUGUGGAAUGUAUGAUUCAAGUAUACUUCUUUAUAUUCUUUGCUGUAUCUGAAUGCUAUGUGUUGACUUCAAUGGCCUAUGAUCGCUACAUGGCCAUCUGUAAUCCACUCUUGUAUAAUGUUGUCAUGUCUCCUAAAUUAUGUUUGAUACUUAUGUUUGGUUCCUAUUUUAUUGCAUUUUCUAAUGCUGUUGCUCACACUGUAUGCAUGCUGAAACUAAGAUUCUGUGAUGCCCACACCAUCAACCACUACUUCUGUGAUAUUCCUCCUUUGCUCCAACUCUCUUGCACGAGCACAUAUUCGAAUGAGUUCGUAAUUCUUGUUGCUGGGAGCAUCAACAUUAUUAUUCCUACUUCAACUCUCUUUAUCUCCUAUGGUUUCAUUCUUUCCAGCAUCAUCCACAUCCGUUCUUCUGAGGGCAGGUCCAAAGCCUUCAGCACCUGCAGCUCCCACGUUCUUGCUGUUUCUUUGUUCUUUGUUUCAGGUGCACUUGAAUAUUUCAAACCCUCCUCAGCAGGGUCUAAGAAUGAAGGAAAAAUCUCUUCUGUCUUUUACACCAAUGUAGUUCCCAUGAUGAACCCAUUAAUCUACAGCUUGAGGAACAAAGAUAUUAAAGUCGCCCUGAUGAAAAGCCUGAGCCGCGGUAACUUUUGA